GUAAGACAGAUGGACGGACAAAAGUCGGAAAUCGAGCUUGAUUUGAUCCAAACUGGAGAGAGAAGCUGUUUGGUAAAAGCUGUAACAGAGGUGUCCAGCACAGCACCUGGGAGACUCUCGCCCAUUCCUGAGCUGGAUCCCUGGGAGAGAGAAGCAGACACGGGCUCUACAGAACUGACUUACUCCUUAUGCUCAGUGGACAGGUACAGCAGCGCCUCCUCCUCCAGCAGCUCUCUGUCUGAGUCCCAGGAGAGAGAAGAGCUCUGUGCUGGGAUCGUGCUGAACUGUCUCUUCUGCCGUUUCUACGACAUGUUCCUCAUGCUACCUGAAACAUGCGAGCGGGCUGCUAACUCCAUCUGCCCAACCUACAUGCAUUUCUCACCACCUGUAGAACCUGCACACAACACCACCUGGAACUGCAGUUGUGAUUUUGACUGUGGCCUUAUGGACGCCUGCCAUGAAACAGGGGAAUGCCUUGAGCUAGCCAUGGAAAUUUCAGAGGUUUGCUUUCAUUGAGGUGCCUGCAAAUCUGAAGACAUCAUUGCGAGAACACUUCACAAUUACAAGUCCCUUUGAGAGGGAAAAAGUUGCUACUUUUUAUGCAAGAACUCUACUGUGUGUGUAUGCAGGCUAAUAUAUGCUCAUUUGGAGCAUGCUGUAAGUGCUUUUUGUGCAGCUCGUCCAAUUUUUAAUAGCUCGGCCCAUUAACUCACAUCAGUGAUCAAAGUAGUAAAAAGUAGUAAAGUACAAAGUAGUAAAGAAGAACCUCUGAUUGGCUAGUUUUCUCCUAAUUAACACAAGAACAAAAAGUGUUAUGCUUUUACUCACGGAACUGAUUGAAUACUGACAAUAGAAAUGAACUUGCAUGCACGUCCAGAUGCAUCGCAAACUUGAUAAAACAAUCCUAUCAGCCUCAGUUGUAAACAGUUCUACACAAUAACAGGCCCUUUUGUCAACGUAUGUCGAUUUUUAUCACAAUGAAGAGCGAAGUGGAGAGAAAAGGCCUUCGCUGUGUCCCUGUGUAGAUGGCUUGUUUAAACUAGAGUGCAGUUGUUAACAGCCGGUUUGAGACAGUGUUUUGUAGGACACUUGUCCUUCUAGGGCCCAUCAACCUUUGUUCUUCGUUCAGGAAGACUGCUCUCUCGAGUGCAUGGCGACGGUGUAAUAGAUCGUUUUUUUGUCAGCGCCAGGCUCUCGUCACGUAAUGGGGAAAGCGACACUUUUGUGUGUGUGUUUGUGUGCAUGUAAUUCUGGUGUCUAUUUCAGGGAGAGGUCAAGGUAAGGGAACGAUCACGCUAAGCAGUGUGCUGAAGUGUUAUUGUGCUGUCGUGGCUUGCUAAACAUUUGUUUUCUGCUAUCAGAUAGAGAUACCCAUAGAGUAACCUAAUUGUUCAAACAACAGGAAAACCUCAGGGCAGUUACCUGAGAAAUAGGUAGUGCUUGUUUCCUAAAAGUUUCAUUCUUAAUUUUGUUGUAACAAAAGUCAUGGUACAAAGAAUGGUAUGAUUGUAUGACGUGUGGACAAAUCUGCAGCAACUGUGUGAUGCUCUCCUGACAAUACGAAUCAUAAUCUCUGAGGAACGUUAACACCUUGUUUAACCUAGGCCACAUAGAAUUCGUAUGUAAUGUAAUAUGUAUUCAUGUAGCACAUUUAUCGUGUAUGGCCAUACACCCAAAGCCCUUCACAAUCGUGAGGGGGGUCUCUCCACACCAUCACCAGUGUGCAACAUCCACUUGGAUGAUAUGACAGCAGCACACCAGCUUUUGGUGGAGUGGAGAGACAGAGAUAGAGCCAAUUCAGUGGAUAGCGAUGAUUGAGAGGCUAUGAUGGUUAAGGGCUGAUGGAGGUAAUUUGGCUAGGACACAACGGUUAAGCCAGGUUAUACUUCUGCGCAUAGCUGUGCAUUUAUACUUCUGCGUGUGCAAUAACA